GUGGGUCGGCGGGGCUUCCACGAGGCCGUGUUCGGCGGCGUGGGCGACUUCCUGCCGCGCGACGCGCCGUCCGUGCUGGGCCCGCGGGCGGGCGCCGCCUUCGCGGGGCGCGGCAAGCGCAACCCGCUGGGCUUCAGCGCGCGCGGCUUCCACGGCGACGCCUUCGACCGCGACUUCGGCGACUUCCAGCCCGUGCGCCGGCGCAGAUCCGUGGACGCCUCGCAAGCUUCUCCUUCCGCACCAGCGACAUCUGCCGAACAACCCUCGUGGACGCGCGAGAAGAAAGAAGCAGUGAAACGAAGACCUGAAAUGGAUGCCUCCGGUUUCCACGGAGAUACAUUCAACAGCGGAUUUGGAGAUUUCUGGCCCAUGAAGAAGAGGAGGCCUGAAAUGGAUGCAUCUGGAUUUCACGGUGAUACUUUCAACGGCGGCUUCGGCGAUUUCUGGACCAUGAAGAAGCGUCGCCCGGAAAUGGAUGCCGCAGGAUUCCAUGGCGACACGUUUAACGGCGGUUUUGGAGACUUCUGGCCGAUGAAAAAACGCAGGCCCGAAAUGGACGCAUCUGGUUUCCACGGCGACACUUUCAACGGAGGUUUUGGCGACUUCUGGACCAUGAAGAAGCGACGUCCGGAGAUGGACGCCACUGGUUUUCACGGCGACACUUUCAACGGAGGUUUCGGUGACUUCUGGCCCAUGAAGAAGCGAAGACCUGAAAUGGACGCAUCUGGUUUCCACGGCGACACUUUCAACGGAGGUUUUGGUGACUUUUGGACUAUGAAGAAGCGACGACCAGAGAUGGACGCUACAGGUUUUCAUGGAGAUACCUUCAACAACGGCUUUGGUGACUUCUGGCCCAUGAAGAAGCGUCGCCCGGAGAUGGACGCAUCCGGUUUCCAUGGUGACACUUUCAACAGCGGGUUCGGGGACUUUUGGCCCAUGAAGAAACGUCGCCCAGAAAUGGACGCUUCCGGCUUCCACGGUGACACUUUCAACGGCGGUUUCGGAGACUUCUGGACCAUGCGGAAGCGGUCCACGGCCAACGGCACGCUGGCGCAGUAG